GGUUUAGGGUAAUUAAUUCCUACAUCGGCCAAGUGAUUGUUUAGCCUUGGUUGCUCAGGCGACGGGGGAAAAGGUGCGCUACGUGAGCGCGGGGAAGACCCCGGGAAAGCUGAGGCAACCAGAUGGAACUCCCUUCACCAUCCCGCUGCCAAAAUCCCGGAGGCGGCUGUCGGUGCUGGCCUAAGUUAUACGCAGCUACCUACCGGAGACAUGGUGUCCUCUGUCAAGGGAGUGCGUGGUUCCGAGGCCGUUCAUAAACGGAGACGGACGGAAGGCCCGUCCCCUCCAACAGAAGCGCACGCCACGCUGCGGCGGCCUCAGUCCGCCCGGCACAGAAAGCAGACCCUCGUGUUCAAGUUAAAUGAUUCCGGAUUCGAGGAAGAAUUGGGGUCCACCCCGAUUUCCUCCCCGGCUCGGGUAGACGUGUCCCCGCUGCGUUCGGACGAGCGUCCCUCUGGACGGGUGUCCAACUGGUACCUCCAGUACGGCGACGUCGGUUUCCAGAUCCAGAGGGACAACGAGGCGCUGUUUUAUUCCUGCAAAAGCUUGGCACACCAGCCCCAGCUGACCGCGGAGGCCCGCUGUAAGCUCGUCAGUUGGCUCAUCCCCGUCCACAAACACUUCCGCCUGUCCUUCGAGUGCUGCUGCCUGGCGGUGAACAUCGUGGACAGGUUCAUGGCGGCCACGCCGGUGGCUGCGGACUGUUUCCAGCUGCUGGGCGUCACUGCGCUCCUCCUGGCCAGCAAACAGGUGGAGGUGGGCUCGCCGCGGAUCGGACACCUCCUGGAGCUGUGCUGCGACGCGUUCACCAAGCAGCAGCUCUGCAACCUGGAGUGUCUCGUCCUCGUGCGCCUGAACUUCCGUCUGGCCGCGCCCACGCUGGCCUUUUUCCUGGACUAUUACGCCAACAGCUCCGAAGCAGCGCCGUUUAAGGACGAGACCCCGUGCAGCAGCAGGUCUGCGCGCACAAAUCCAGACGCAAGAAAGCCCGAGCGGUGCGGCAGCAUGGCGCGCAAGGUGUGCGAGUUGAGUCUGGCGGACUACGCUUUCAACAAAUACCCACCGUCCCUGACCGCUCGGUGCGCGCUCAGCAUAGCCCGUGAGCUUCUGGAGCGUGAACAGCCGGGCACCCCGCCGCCCGAGCGCCCCGAGGUCGGCGCGGUGGACUCUCAGGAAGCGAAGGGGCACUUCCUGUCUCGGUUAUGUCAAGGGAGCUGCAUUCACGAUCCGGCCCAGGAGUGCAGGGACAACCUGAGGCUGCUAGUUUCAUUAAACCAGGAGUCGCUGGGAGUGAUGUCUACCGUGUGACUCCAAAUGGCCAAAUCCCUUCCUAAACGUUUUACUCUUAGAGGUGAUGUUAAGUGAAGUUUGGUGUUUUUGCAUUCUCCAUACCUCAAAAUGAACUGAAAUGUUUUGUUUAUUAAUUAAGUAAUGUAUUCAGUUUAAUUUGUUUACGUGAUGUCUAACUGUUAAUGAAGGACCUGUGCACGUAUUGUCAUUUGUCAUUGUCUGUCUAUUGUAAAAUAAAAUA